CCAGGUAGACCGAAGUCUAAGAACAUACAGACCAAGGUCCAAGACUUUGAAUUUGAAGUCGACCCCCAAGAUAUACCCCGCAACCCUAAAAAUGAUGCUCCCAACAGAUUCUGGGCCUCGGUGGAGCCUUACUGUGCAGACAUCACAAAUGAAGAGAUCAGAGUUCUGGAAGAGCUGCUCAAACCCCCUGAUGAUGAAGCUGAAUACUACAAGAUCCCAGCCCUCGGAAAGCACUAUUCCCAACGCUGGGCUCAAGAGGACCUGUUGGAGGAGCAAAGAGAGGGGGCGAGAGCCAAUGACAAGAAAAAAAGCAUGAUGGGUCCUCUUUCCGAACUGGAUGCUAAAGAUGUAGAUGCCUUACUGAAGAAAUCGGAGUCUCAGCAUGAACCUCCAGAGGACGGCUGUCCUUUUGGCCCUCUUACUCAGCGGCUUCUACAAGCACUUGUUGAGGAAAACAUAAUAUCCCCUAUGGAGGAUUCCCCCAUUCCAGACAUUCCAGGGAAGGAUGAUGGGGCUGGUACAUCGCCUCGUAGCCAGGGUAAAGCCUUCAGUGUGCCUCACACACGCUCUCUGGAGGCUCGUAUAAGAGAGGAGCUGGUGUCUCAGGGGCUGCUGGACUCUGAUGAGAGGCAAGGUGUCGGAGGAGAGUCUGAAGACGAGGUGCUGGCCGAGCUGCAGAAAAGACAGGCUGAACUCAAAGCGCUAACCGCACACAACCGCUCGCGCAAGCAGGAGCUGCUCAAGUUGGCACGUGAAGAAAUGCGAAAACAGGAGCUUCGACAGCGGGUUCGAGUGGCUGAUAACGAGGUUAUGGAGGCAUUCCGUCGCAUCAUGGCAGCCAGGCAAAAGAAACGCACUCCAACGAAAAAAGAGAAAGAUCAGGCUUGGAAAGCUUUGAAAGAGAGAGAAAGUAUUCUCAAACUCUUAGAUGGAUAAAUAUGACCGGCAGCUAUAAUGUGGUGUGUUUUCUUUAAUAUGUUUGUUGGUUAUGUUCACUUCAUAAAGACAACUUCAACACUCAGACAACUUGAAGAACAUGUAAACAAAUAUUUAAUAUAAUGUUCAUAUUUUUGGUUACUCUCUAUCUAAAGUAAGACCUGACGUUACUAGUUGUGAUAAUAAAGGUGUUUGACACUAUUUUUUUUUGCUGCCAUUAUGUACAGUUCCCAAAUGCAGCUGAUUAACAUAGUGGAUUGAUAUUGUUAAAGGAAUAGUUCACCAAAAAUGAAACACUUGUCAUCAUGUCGUUCACUGACUCUUCUGUGGAAUAUAAAAGAUGGUAUUUUGAAGAAUGUUGGUAACCAAACAGUUUUGGGCACCAUUAGCUCAUUGCGUGGACAAAAACAGACAUUUCUUCUUUUAUGUUUCAAACAAGAAAUACAAAUCAUACAGAAACAACAUAAGGGUGAAAAAAGACAAAAUUUUAAUUUUUGGGUGAGCUGUUCCUUGAAAGCUGUUGUCAUAGCGUUGAUAGUAUUUUGUUACUACACGGCAGGAACACGGUCAUUUUGAGUUUUUAUAUGAUUAAAAGAAAAUAAAGCUUUUUAUAAAGGUAUUGUACAUGGAAAUACUGUGUUUGUAAAUUCAUAUAUGCUGUCGUUUAUUUCAGUCCAUGUUGAAUUUAGUUCUAUGUAUUUUGUAAACAACUUAUAUCAUA